AUGGGGAUGCUAACAUUCAACCGUUUCCUCAGUCGACCAUAUCCCAAUCACCGGGACGGUCCAACGAUAUUCUUCUUCCAGCAACAGUUUUUGAUGGAAACCAGCUCGCGAAGGAAGUCCGAUCCCGCCAUGCCAGCCGAGUCACUAGCCUCCACCCCCGGCCUGGAGGAGAUCGAUGCGCCCUUUCCUGCGGACGACUUCGCCGAUAACGAUGACUUCUACUCACCUCCUGCCUCUCCGGGUAGGCUAUCACGCAACGGAUCCUUCUCCAACAGCAGCUCGUAUCAGGAGGACUGGGAGACUUUCCCGCCGCUGGACAAGUUGACUAUCUUCGAUCUGUUGGACAAUAUCCAGCUCUCGCAGCGCCUGGAGAAGUGGCAGCAGACUAUCGCCAUGCAGAAAGAGAAAGUGCGCAAGCAGCGGGAGAAGAUUAAGUCGUCAUCGCUGAACGCCAAGGAUCGUGUUGUAGGGGAGUGGAAACGCCGAGCCCCAACCGCCGAUGAGAAGCUGGAGAAAUACCGUGCCCGGAUGAAGCAGGGCGUCGAGCGGCUGGGUAAGCAGUGGAACAAGACGGCCACUGUGACCCUCCGCGAGAAGGCGUCUUUCAUUGCCGGUGUUCUCAAUAUCUUCAUCAGUGGUUAUCUGAUCGGUGCUUGCCCGGAAUACUUCCACAUCUGGUUCAGUGCCCAGCUGUUGUAUUUCAUGCCUAUUCGAUACUUCACCUACCACGCCAAGGGCUACCACUACUUCCUGGCUGAUCUCUGCUACUUCGUCAACUUGCUCUGCAUGCUGAGCAUUUGGGUCUUCCCCAACUCGAAACGCCUUUUCAUUAGCACCUUCUGUCUGACCUUUGGAAAUAACGCUGCUGCCAUUGCCAUGUGGCGUAAUUCAAUGGUCUUCCAUAGUAUGGAUAAGGUUGUCAGCUUGUUCAUUCACAUCAUGCCUCCGGUGACUUUACACUGUAUCGUGCAUUUGACCCCAGUUGAGAGGCUCAAGGAGCGUUUCCCUGCAGUCUACAGCAUCAAGUUCAGUCAGUCCGGGGACCCUGAGCAUUAUGGUCUUGGUGCCAUGAUUAUCUGGGCCACAGUUCCAUAUCUAGUGUGGCAACUGUUGUACCAUUUCUUAAUCACCGUCCGCCGCCGUGACCAAAUUGCAGCAGGUCGCCCAACCAGCUUUACCUGGCUCCGCAAGUCAUAUUCCAAGGCCCCGAUUGGCAAGUUUGUGCUGAGCCUCCCCGAGGCGCUGCAGGAGCCCUGCUUCAUGUUCAUCCAGUAUGGAUUUGCCCUUUCAACAAUGAUUCCCUGCCCGAUCUGGUUCUGGUACAAAUGGGCUAGUGGAAUUUACAUGGCCGCCCUCUUUAUCUGGAGCAUUCACAAUGGAGCAACCUACUACAUCGACGUAUUUGGCAAGCGCUUCCAGAAGGAACUGGAAGAACUCAAGAAGGACGUUGCGCGAUGGCAAUCUUCUCCUGAUGGAGUCACCAGCCCACUCCUUGCCGCCGAGCCUAGUCCUCUCAGUGAAGCUGUCAAUGCUUUCAGUGGGGACAAGCGCUCCAGCGUUGACCGUAUUCCGUUGCUGGACUCUGCCGAUGCCUCGUCGAGUGCUUUGCAAGCCAGUCUGAGCCCUGACUCUGCCGUUCGAGAGAGAAGUUAA